UUUUGACAUGGCUAUGAAGAAACCACACAGAAUUUGUAUGGUUUCUGACUUCUUCUACCCUAACAUGGGUGGAGUAGAGAGCCACAUCUACCAGCUCUCUCAAUGUCUGCUGGAACGCGGCUACAAGGUUGUUGUGGUUACCCAUUUCUAUGGCAAUAGACGGGGUAUUAGAUAUUUAUCCAGUGGCUUAAAAGUAUACUAUCUUCCUUUUCCACCAUUUUACAACCAGUGUGUCUUACCAACAAUUUUUACAACAUUCCCUCUCCUACGCAAUAUUUUUAUUCGAGAAAGAAUCACUAUUGUUCACGGACAUUCGGCAUUUUCCACCCUGGCCCACGAAGCGAUGUUCCACGCCAGAACAAUGGGUCUCAAAACGGUCUUCACCGAUCACUCCUUAUUUGGAUUUGCUGACGCCAGCUCAAUUAUUACAAACAAAGUGCUCAAGUUUUCACUGGUUGAUUGCAACCAUGCAAUUUGUGUUUCACACACAAGCAAAGAGAACACUGUGCUACGUGGGCGUAUAAAACCUGAAUCGGUUUCUGUCAUCCCCAACGCUGUAGAUUCCACCAUGUUUGUACCAGACCCAUCAAAGAGGAAACCUAAUCAAAUAACUAUAAUGGUAGUGAGUAGACUGGUUUACAGGAAGGGAAUGGAUUUGCUGGCAGCCAUAAUACCAGUCAUUACACAGCGACAUCCUGAUGUUAACUUUAUAAUAGGUGGCAGUGGUCCGAAGAGAAUUGUGUUGGAGGAAGUUCGGGAGCAGUAUCAGCUUCUAGAUCGGGUUCAACUGCUCGGUUCUCUAGAACAUGAUCAAGUCAGAGAUGUCUUGGUCCAAGGUGAUAUUUUACUGAACACCUCACUAACUGAAGCAUUUUGUAUAGCCAUCGUGGAAGCGGCAUGCUGUGGGUUACAGGUGGUGAGUACACGAGUUGGAGGUGUGGCCGAGGUGUUACCUCCAAAUUUAAUAUAUCUAGCAGAUCCCAGUGUCAAAGCUUUGCUAGUGGAACUGGAGAAGGCCAUUGCUGAUCGUCGGAGUGGGAAUAUUGUCGAUCCAUUUGAAGCUCACAAGAUCAUUGCAGGACUGUACAGCUGGCGAGAUGUGGCCAGGAGGACCGAGAUAAUAUACAACACAGUGUGCCAGGUCCCAGAGCCAGACUUGGCCAACAGGUUACAGAGAUAUUACGACUGUGGUCCUGUUGCUGGAAAGCUGUUUGUCAUGGCCACUGUUCUCAAUCUGCUUGUGUUCACUGUGCUGCAGUGGCUGAUGCCCACAGAGAAAAUUGAGCCUGCUCCAGACAUUCCGUUAUUAACAGUUAAGUACACCAUGCUCAAGAAAAAAAAAUCUAGUAAUGAAACAACCUUGUGUGCUACAACCAGGCACAGAACAAAAUUGAUGAAAGGAAAUAAAGACAGUGGGCUACAAGUAGAUAUUGUUGAACAAAAGUCAUGAACAGAAGUAAGAAGAGUGUGAUACAACCAAACGUUGAACAAAAGUCAUGAACAGAAGUAAGAAGAGUGUGAUACGACCAAACGUUGAACAAAAGUCAUGAACAGAAGUAAGAAGAGUGUGAUACAACCAAACGUUGAACAAAAGUCAUGAACAGAAGUAAGAAGAGUGUGAUACAACCAAACGUUGAACAAAAGUCAUGAAAGGAAAUAAAGACAGCAUGCUACAACCAGACGCUGAACACAAUUCAUAAAAGGAAAUAAGAACAGUGUGUUUCCUUCUAUGGAUGUAGGAAAGUGUUGAAAGUUGAUUCAGGAAAACCGAAAGUGUUGAAAGCUGAUUCAGGAAAACCGAAAGUGUUGAAAGCUGAUUCAGGAAAACCGAAAGUUUUGAGAGUUGAUUCAGGAAAACAGAAAGUGUUGAAAGUAGUGAAUGACAAGACCAAAAACGUCAACAGGCUGAACACUCAUUAUCUCUGAAAUGAGCAACUUCACCCCAUUUUUUUCCGAUUCACUUUAAGAGUGAGGGGUGGUAGUAUUUAUAUCUGUGCUGUUUAUGUUGAUUGAUAUGCUGCAGGUAGGAGAUUUAACCAGGUAGUUUUACAUAGACAGGGAAGCACAUACCACAGCCUUUGACUUGUUGGAAUGAGUUAAAGUAAAGUUUCAACUAAGUGGAAUUUUAUGACUUAACAGUGUUUCAAAAUACCAUUACAACAAGUUUUACACCCAAUAGCCGAUGUAUUUUUCAUUCUGGGGUGUCGCUAAAUAUUCAUUACAACAAGUUUUACACCCAAUAGCCGAUGUAUUUUUCAUUCUGGGGUGUCGUUAAAUAUUCAUUCAUUCCAACAAAAAUAUGUUGCACUGUACUACAAAUAUUUUGUUGGAAUAAUAUCUUGACCGAUUAUUCUGAUUUAUCCUGCCACCACCGUUUCUACUGAUAGAAUAUGAUGACGAAUAAAACAAAGUUAUAUCCGUCACACAUAGCUACAUUAUAAAAUAGCUCAUUUGACUUCUAGGUCAUCGUACAAUGUGGCUAAAAUAACAGAAAUAAUUUUUAUGGUUUGCAGGAUAAAGAUAUAACUAGUUAAUGAUGUCGGAUAUCUGUUUUAUCCUGUGAAGGUAAGAAUGGGAAUUUCUGCUUGGCAGAGCCUUGCGGAAUUUCCCAUUCUUACCUUCGCAGGAUAAAGCAGAUAUCCUACGUCAUUAACUAGUUAUUAUGAUCUUUGUACAUGUACAUGUAACUUGGAAGAUCCUUUUUCAUAAGCCUGUGUUAAAAAGUAUGUAAGCAGUAGAAAUGGGAAAUGGUAAACAUUCCACAAGAUCAGUUCAACCAUCUCGCACUAGAGGUUAAGAAAAGGAUGAAAUUGUACUGAAUGUUCAUAAGAAUUGGUUUGUUAAAAUUUAUUAUUAACAGUUGAUAAUGAACAAACUGACAACAGUAUUCAUAUUGCGCGUAAUGCUCAAGAUCAAAGUACUGGGAAUUCUCAGAUUUUAAAGUU